UUUGAUGACCAUAAGUGGAUAGAAAAGAUGGCGCGGCGUAUGGUAAACUUAGGUCUAGUUCUGUUUCUGUUUGGAAUUUUAAUGCUCGAUCUCCCAACUGGAAAGGCUGCUCCUGAUGAAAAAGAAAAGGAAGAGAGAUCUUGUCACGGUGCCUUCGACUUGUAUUUUGUCCUCGACAAAUCUGGUAGCGUUAAAGAUCAUUGGCGGGACAUUUACUACUUCGUGGAGCAGGUGGCAAAGAAAUUCAUCAGCCCAAUGUUAAGGAUGUCCUUCAUCGUUUUCUCGACACGAGGAAAGACAAUCAUGAGACUGACUGAGAAUCGGGAGGAUAUUACCAAAGGCCUGAAUAUGCUGAAGAGAGAGGCACCGGGAGGCGAUACUUUCAUGAAUCUUGGUCUAAAGGAGGCAAACCUGCAAAUAUACCAUGGAAAUUACGGAACAGCCAGCGUGAUCAUAGCGUUGACGGACGGAGAACUGAACGAGUAUCAGUUCGACACCGCACAGCGCGAGGCGCAGAGAGCCCGGUCAAUGGGAGCAAUCGUGUAUUGUGUGGGAGUGAAAGACUUCAAUCAAACGCAGCUGGCUAAAAUUGCAGACACCAUUGAUCACGUGUUCCCUGUGAUUGGUGGAUUUCAGGCCCUCCAAGGGAUGAUCGAUUCAAUCAUUAAGAAAUCCUGUAUAGAGAUUUUAGCAGCUGAACCAUCAAGUGUCUGUGCUGGAGAGCACUUCCAAGUCGUGAUCAAAGGAAAUGGAUUCUCUCAUGCCAGAAACAUUGAUCAGGUUUUGUGCAGCUUCAAAAUCAACGACACGGUCACUUUGAAUGAGAGACCUGUCAGCAUCGAAAACACCUUCUUACUAUGUCCGGCGCCGGUUAUAGAUGAAGUUGGGAGGGUGAUCUAUCUCCAGGUCAGCAUGAAUGAGGGUCUGUCCUACAUUACCAGUUCAGUUAGCAUCACCACCACUGAAUGUUUUGAUGGGUCCAUUCUUCUCAUCGCACUGUUGGUGCUUUUCCUCUUACUGGGCCUUAUACUGUUGUGGUGGUUCUGGCCCCUCUGCUGCACUGUGGUCAUCAAAGAGCCCCCUCCUCCUCCACCUCCAGAACCUGAGUCUGAGGAUGAGGAUGGAAUGCCAAAGAAGAAGUGGCCCACUGUGGAUGCGUCAUACUAUGGAGGGAGAGGAGUGGGAGGCAUCAAAAGAAUGGAGGUGCGCUGGGGUGGGAAGGGCUCCACUGAGGAAGGAGCUAAGCUGGAAAAGCCCAAAAACGCUGUGGUGAAGAUGCCCGAGCAGGAGUUUGAGCCCUUUGAACCAAAGCCCCGGAAGCCCCCGGGUCGAAAACCCACCCAGCAGAGGAAAUGGUAUACCCCUAUCCAGGGCAAGCUGGACGCACUUUUGGCUCUGUUCCGUCGAGGGUACAAUCAGGUGUCGCUGAUGAGACCACAGCCUGGAGAUCAGGGACGGUGUAUCAACUUUACACGGGUGAAAGAUGAAGCUGCCAAGGCUCCAGCACACAGGCAGGCUAAACCAUCACCUCCACCACCACUGCCAGACCACCAGCCCCUGAUGAAGAACGACGUCUCACCUCCACCGAGCCGACCACCUUCCCGUGGGCCCAGCAGCCGACCGCCCCCCGGACCUCCGCCGGCUCGGGCACCCCCGGGCCCCCCUCCCUCACGGCCCCCACCCUACCCUGGGAACAGGCACUGAGAACAAAGGGGUAACCAUUAUCGAACACCCCAAA